AAGAUUCCCUCGCCUCAUUACGCAACAGCCUCCGGCGAGGCUGGACUAGCUGGCCUCCUGGAGCUGACCUCCGAUCCUCCGAUCCUCUAUCAACCAUCACCCACCAAACGACCACCCGACUAUCCACAACAAGACGCGAGACCGUAUAUAUUGGCGUCGUCCAGGCAGUGUAUUCUGCCUCGGAAACCCGCAGCAGCUCAAAGGUCAUAAUCGAUCCAGUUCUUUUCGACUGUGACUUGGAGAGAGCGCGGGGCCUUUCCUCACGUCCUUCUGCGGCCUGGCCGCUCUGGUCUUCACAAUGGGCAAGAUCACCAAGACCAUACAGCCGAAGCACAAGGAGACUUUGUCUCCUUGGCUCCAGCAGUUUGUCGACAAUGCGGCCACGAGCCCGCUAAGCACCUUGCCACAACUGCUCGAGACGUUCCCCUCCCGCUGGCCAUUCCCUCGGGGAGAUCUUUACCACUGGAUACCCCUGCUCAACAGGUUCGACGACAUACUGGAUGAGUUCUGCACAACGUACAAGCUCAACGAAGGCCCGCAGACAAGAGAUUUUGGCUGCGAGGUUUUGCUGAAGGCUGGCACCCAGCUCAUAGGUUCCGAAACGGGCCGUGAUGCAGAGACACUUGCCGCGCUUGGCUAUCGCGAAGACGGCGAUGUGCAGCUCGUUAUCGCGGUGCUCAAGUUCACGCAAAUGUUGCUGGACCAUUGCGGAAAUAGGAGCAUCUAUGCCAGCAGCUCUUCUCUCAACCAUCUGCUGAACAGUACAGACUUGAACUUGAUCUGUGCCGCCCUACACGUCGGCGUGGAGCUAGCACAGCGCUAUCAGGCAUCGGUCAAGCGAAUGGGCAUACCACCUCGUCAGGUUCACUCUGCCCUGUUAUCCAACCACUACAACAUCGAUCUUGAUAGAGUACAACAGCUCGCCCAGCCUUUCGUCAAGACGCCAAUCGUCAAAGCAACUGGGCCAGUAGCGUUCUCCACACCAGCUUCAAGCAAGAACAAGGACAAGGACAGGCCACAUGCUGGUGCAGGACGCAAUUCUGCAGCCAUGUAUGCAAAUGACCUUUGUGCAAUCGCCAAGCCAGAGAGCACCGGCGACACCACGCAGGAUGCUCGCUGGGCAGGUUGGGGCGACAUCAAGGUGACAUACUAUCCCAAGCAAAGCACCGCACAUGAGCCACAGCAGCCUGCGAUAACGGAGGGUCGGCAUUCGUCAUCGGCUUUGCCGGCCACGCCAACCCCCUUGAGACGAUCAAGCUCGGCCCUGGGCUCUCAUGCCACUCCACGAUCGGCUCGCCAGACUGCUUUGGAUGAUAGUCCCGCAUCGAACAGUGGCUCGCCCCAAGGAGGACAUGACACCACAGCAAGCCCCCCAAAUCAGAAAUCUUUGGAGAUCCCGCAAUCGUCUGUCGUCUCGACCCCAAUCUUUCGCCUGCUCGAGCGCACCCCUGAUGACAUGCCAAAAGAGGCCAGCUACGAGUUUCUCAACCGUCUCCGCGUCGCAAAAGCUCUACUCGUAUCACAGGAGACUCGGCAACUUGCGCUCAAAGCUCGCCUACUUGCUAUACAGAACCUGGCUUACAUCCACAUGGAAAACAGCUUCGCCGAGAAGGUUCUACGACAAGAUCAGGAUGAGCCACGCAGAUUUCAGUUAAUCUAUCAGCUCGCAGAACUCAUCCAUCCUCCUUCGGAUGGAGCGACCGUCGUCCCGCUCGACCUGCAAGCCAUCGCCCUGUCGCUUCUAGAGGCCAUCUCAGGAUAUCCGUCCAAGAUUCCGGACAUUUUCUCUGCCCUGAACGCGACCGUCAACCACGGCAUACUGCUUUAUGUGAUCCGAAAAGCGGUUGCGGAGAUGAAAGAGGACGACACUGGCAGUCAGUGGACGAUCGAGGACGAAUGGCGUGAGAACCUCUUCUCACUCACGCUACACAUCACAAUGGCGAUGGCGCACACAGCCAGAAGUACACCAGAGAUCAUAUCGGCAGGAUUGCUCGAUGUUCUCGUCGAGAUUCUGAAUCUGCGGUCCAACGUCGCCGAGCGCACUCAUGGGACUUUGGUAGGGUUCCUGGACAGCCUAGUAUACAAUGUACAAACGUCAUUCCAGACUCUGGUGGCCGCGAACGGUCUCGAAGCCAUCACAGAGCUGGUGACCCACGAGGUUCGACUUGCAGAGACUCUGGCUACAAAUGGCAACCGUACCCCCGAAAGCCACCGGUCUCUCGUUGUGGACUAUGAGAUCCCUUUUUACCAGCAGCAGAACCUCAAAUUCCUGCUGAAGUUCAUUCAUCACUCCAUGUCGAAUGCCUUCGCCCAUGGAGGCAAUACAGACCGCUUACUGCGCAACCUCGUGGAUCAGUCCGCGCUCCUUGCCAGCAUCAAAUCAAUAAUUGAAAAGGCACCGAGGUUCGGGUCUCUGGUUUGGACGAAUGCGGUCACCAUUUUAAGCGACUUUCUCAACAACGACCCAACGAGUUUUGCGGCUGUUUCCGAGGCCGGUCUUGUCAAAAGCUUUCUCAAGGCUGUCACCGGCGCGGAUAUCCUCGAGUCGGAGUCUGCGGAAGGCGCAUCGGACGAUUCCGAGUCGACACAGACCGAUCUCGCAGAAGACCCGCGACCGCAUCCACCACCGAGGGAAUCUCUCCGGGGCAGGUCGACGGACGCACUCGCUCACAGUAUCCUUCCGUCGACUGAUGUGAUCACAACGAUACCGACUGUGCUCAACGCCAUCUCCCUCAACAAUGUUGGCAUGAAAUUGGUUGUCCAGUCUCGCGUUCUUGACAGCUUCUUCGAAGUGUUCGAAAGUCCCAAUCACGUUCGAGUGCUUGCUAGCGAUGCCGAUCUCGCGCAGAGUGUGGGUGGUCUGUUCGACGAGCUGGCACGGCACCAUCCUGCACUCAGGCCUGCCAUUGGAAAUGCAGUCUUGGACAUGAUAGCACGCGUCACCCAACUUGCGAUUGUCAAGGGCGAGGCAGGUUGGGGUGCGCGGCUUUUGGGUGCCGAAGACCAAGGCAAAGGCAAAGACACAGCCCUUGGUACGAGCGAAGACACGGAUGUGGACAUGGCAGAUGCAACCGUGCCAGCCCUCAUGCCAGAUUCGGAGGCCCAGCAGCGCCCUAGUUCCCCUCGAGAGUCGAUUUCGCCAUAUAUCUUCGCCCUGGCCAACUUCCUGUUGUCAUACAUUGGCAACCCGAGCUUGAAGUCAUUACUGAUUUCAAAGGGCGGGAUAGAAUUGCUCCUAGAUUUGAGCACGGCCCCGAGUCUAGUGCAUGAUUUCGGCAAUACUCAUGCUUCAAAACACCUACAAGUCUGUAUCUCACAACUGAUCGAGACCUCUCCCAUCAUCGGCCUUCCAUCUCUGCUGAGACGCACUCAGUCAGCUCUGGAUGCCCUCGAACCCGUUGUCCAGCAUGCUUCUGGAGGGGAAACCUCUUUCUUUGCGCCAGUAUUGGUCGAUCAACCGGACGUGCAAGUUGUCGAGAGCGGAACACAACUGAUCAAGGCACUUCUGAAUGCUCAGUCCCUUAUCAGAACGCUUUUCCAGUGUUACCCCUAUUCCUCUCGUGCGCAGACCAUUACUCUCCACUCCGUCAAUGUCUUCGAUUAUUACGACCGUCUAAUUGGAUCCAUCGGUCCGCUGCUGAGGACCGUUAUCCUUGAAGAGAUGGCGAUCAACAACUGUGUGCCUGGACACUGGUCAGCUAAGAGGGAUGCACAGCCGGCAGAUCAGACGACUCCUGUCACACCAGGAAUAACUGGGGGUGACUCGAUGAGUGCAUUCAUUGACGAAAACGGCUUGCCUGAUGUCCUGUCACAGGCCUCUGCAUCGGGUGAGAAGAAUCACGAAGCCUCGAAGAGCGAGCAAUCUACGCCGCGCUAUCGAAACUUCCGUACAAUCAGGGGGCUACUCCAUUCUCUCAUGCCUACCGCAUUUCCCCUACUGCAGACAUUCGGCAAGGCCUUGCUUCCCCGACGUGAGCGUGACGCAUAUACUCGCGCCCACCAUGUCCGGAUGGCUGAGCGCCUAGCCCUGACGAUUUUGUCGCAACUGCAUUCGCUGGGCCCUGGCAAGCCGUCCAAGGAUUACCAAUACUGGAUCAUCAUGCUCCACACAGUCCAUGAGAUGUUGAUAGAUCGCCGAUUGGACACGAGACACAUGGAACGGACUGGGCACCAUAUCAUUGCUCCUGUGCUUGUGGCGUUCAAGAAACACGGGGGCAUAGAAAAGCUGAAUGAGUUGCUCGGCACCUUCAACAACGACCUCUGCCGGGACAGAAGUGAUUCCGAGGACGCGUCAUUAUCGAGACUCGCUUCCAUUGGCAUGAAAAAGAUACUGGACCUCUACACCUUGCUUGUCAAUGGAAAAGUGGUCACGGAUUCUGUACAGCAGGUCAACCUCAUCCCACGAACUGGUGGCUCGGAUCGUCGACCUGAUUCUCAAGUCGCACCCAACCUAGUUGUCGAGCUGCGUGUAGCCAUCCUUCCAGCCGUACGAAGAUUGUGGGAUUCUCCGCUCGUUGAGAAGACCUCCGCGUCGAAUUUGACCACAAAGAUCAUCAACAUCCUGCGCGCAAUUUCAGAUGCUGACUCCGAGAAUCACGCGUAUCGGAGCUCUGAGAAGAAUCCUCCGCCCACUUACCUCCAGCCGAAACUUGAGCCAUUCCCCUGGUCAUCGGUAGCUGGGGAGAUACGUGGGCUCAUCGAGACAGGCCACCCAGAAGACCUCGUCCAGGAAGCAGUCUACAGGGCCAACGGCAAUGCGCAACUCAGUUCCGAGUAUUGCACCGCGCAUGCCUCGGGAUUGGCAGGUCCUCGGAAUCCUAUUCCUCCAAUUGAUGCGCCAACACACAUCGAGCCGGAUACCGAAGAUGCGUCAGCUAGAAGCGAAUCAGGUGGAGAUGACGGCCAGAUGCGAAUCGAUCAAGCAAAUGACUUUCUCGAUGAGCUUCGAGACGUUGGGAUAUUGCCAGGCAUUGACCUUGAACAAGGGACCACUUCACUUCCUCCUUCACGUCCAGAGUCAAGCUCGAUUGCUGUGGUUUCGGGACCUGGAGCACAAACUGCGCCGUCAGCUGUCGUCAGUGAGGCAGAUCAGAAGGAACGUCCCGCGGCCAGCAGAGACGACCUGGACAAGGCGCGGGCUGAGAUACGGGAAGACCUUAUUGACAGAUGCCUCGACGUGAUCCGAGAGCAUCCCGAUUCAACGCAUGAAAUAUCGGAACUGAUUCGGGUCACGUCCCUGCGUGGCUCUGAGGAUGUCUCUUCCCGUCAGGAAAUCGGCGAGACCCUUGUUAACGCUCUAAUGUCUUUCGCUGCUGAAGAUGACUUCAAGCCCAUUGGGCGGAGCAUUGCAGCAUAUGCCCACCUGCUCUCUCUGCUGCUGCAGGACAAGGACUUCUUCAAGGCGACGGUUGGAUCGCUGAAGGAUAACGUGAGCGAUCUUCUACGCUUCUUGGAAUUGCGAGCUUCAUCUUCGUCUGAAGAGCUACCGCCUUGGAUCCCCUACAUCUUGCUGGUACUCGAGAUCCUUCUUAGUGACGACGAGCAGCCUGUUGAGAUCAGUUGGAAGGCGCCUUCGAGCGAAAGUGACACAGUGGAGCCUCUCCUGUGGCCCACUAAAGACAUGAACAUCAAGAAUGAUGACCGCAAAGUCUUGCUGGAAUCGAUUCUGGCUAUUCUCCCUCGAAUUGGCAAAGAGGAAGCUCUAGCAGUGUCGGUCUUGCGGAUUCUUGUCAUCAUGACGCGCGACCGUAGCUUUGCUCGCGUGGUGGGCAAACAAGCCAAUCUUCAAAGGCUCUUCGUCAUGGCGAAGCAGUUGUGUGGACUGGGCUCCGCGCGCCUCAAUGACAAGCGAAUCACAGCGCACAUGCUUAUAGUCCUUCGCCACAUCGUCGAGGAUGAGGAGGUACUCAAGCAAUUCAUGCGCUGUGAGAUUCGGUCCUUCUUUGAGCAGACGAGGAGCCGUGGCUCCCCUGAGAUGACCAACUUUGUUCGCACAUUGUCCCAUGUCGCGCUCAGGGAACCCAAGCUGUUUAUACAAAUUGCAAACGAGCUCAUCAAACUCCCUCGUUGGAAUCUGCAUGAAUCAGGCAUGGGCCAUCGACAACCAAUUGCUCUGAAAGAGCCACGCUCAGAUGCGGCCAAGGAUGAUGUCGCUCCAACUGUUCGCGCUACCGAGGACUUGUCCAUCCAGGACGUCAAGCAGUCUACGGAGGAUAAAGACAAGUCUAUUGCAGACCAUGCAAAACUGUCCACCACUGACAAACGACCAGUGCUGGAAAACCCCGAUGGCGUGGUGCACUUCCUUCUCUGCGAGUUGCAAAACUAUCGGGCAGUCGAUGACGUGGAUUCAUCGUCUGGCCAGAAGGAGCCCACACAGGCUGAGGACAAAGCGGUGUCCACCACAGCCCGAACUGGCGAUUCAAGUGAAGGGGGUGAUCGGAACUCAGAAGCCAAAGACAAGAAGACGAAGCCAGCGUUCAAGCCUGAUGAACACCCCAUCUUCGUGUAUCGAUGCUUCCUCUUGUCCUGCUUGGCGGAGCUUCUCCAAAGCUACAACAGAACAAAGAUGGAGUUUAUCAACUUCAAGCGAAGCGCCCCGCUGCAGACAAACACGCCUAUCAAGCCUCGAUCAAACGCUCUGAACUACCUCCUCAAUGAUCUUCUCUGUUCGAGUAGCUGGGCAGACCCGCACGCUGACAGUCUAGUUCUGAAGAAGAAGCAUGCGACUGCCACCUUGGCGCAGAAUCUCUUGGUGGCGUUGGUCAGCAAAACAGGCGAAAAGCCCAUCGACCGAAGCCGCGAUAAGUAUGACUACGAUGAAGAGCCAGACCUCCUAUUCGUACGCAAGUUCGUUCUAGACACGACUCUCAAGGCCUACAAAGACGCUUCGUUCUCUAGCGAGACCUUCGAGGCCCGAUACGCCAAGAUGCUGGCCCUUGCAGAGGUCAUGUACGUCAUGAUGGGCGACAAGGAGAAGGAAACGCCGCUUCCAUCGCGCGCAACGCUAGAGUCGCCUGACCGCUCUCAGGCUCAGAUCCGUCGUCUCAUGUACGAGAAAGGAUAUCUCUCGGCGCUGACCACGUCCAUUGCGGACAUUGAUCUGGCUUUUCCCCCUGUCAAACGGACGAUCAAGUAUAUUUUGCGAGUCCUCCGUAUCUUGACUAGUACCGCCAUUCAGCUCAGCCAUUCCAACAUCAUCUCCAUGCCUCCCAACCAAGACAUACUCGACGAUGAGAUUGCGUCAGCGACAUCUCUAUCCGACAUUGAGGACGACCGUGAAGAGACACCUGAUCUCUAUCGCAACUCUGCUCUUGGUCUCAACGAGCCUGGCCGAGCUCGGGAGGGCGACUAUUCCGAAGAUGAUGAAGAAGAGGAUGACGAAAUGUACGACGACGAAUAUGACGACGAAAUGGAGUACGACGAAGAGGAUGACGAGAUCAGAGAUCCCGAGGAAGACGUCAGCGAGGACGAUGAAGAUGAGGAGGAAAUGGCGGGGAUGGGUCCUAUUGAGGGACUCCCUGGAGACCUUGGUGUCGUCGAAGUAACCAUGGACGAUGACGACGAUGACGAGGACGACGACAUGGAUGAAGACGACGACGAAGAUAGUGAUGACGAUGACGAAGAAGACUCUGACGACAUGGACGAUGUCGAGGAUCGUAUCGAAAUCGUCGACGAGGAAGGUAACCCGCUUGAGGACGAUGGAGGUUCUGGCUGGGAGAGUUCCAGCGAGGAGGACGAAGAUGAUGUUGACGGGGAGGAUUUUGGCGAACACGAUGAGGAGCUCGACGAGCCUCAUACCCACGAGCUGGAUGGCGACGGAGCUCCCAGGAUCGGCGACAUCAUGCGCGCUAUUGACGAGGAUUUCCAGAUAGACGACCUGAACGACCGUUUUGUCGCGGAAGAGGACGAUGAAGACGACGUCGAUGAAGAUCUGGAAGACGAGUAUGCGUACGAGGACGACUACCCGAACGAUCCUCCGCCUCCUAACAUGGGCGCUCCGAGCCUAGGAUGGGACACCACCUUUGUUGUCGACAACGGCGGCAUGUUCGGUGGCCACCCUCACCAUCGUCACCGCCAUAACGUUCGCAACCCAGGACUGCCCCCUAUUCCGUUCAUGAUGGGCACAAGGGGUGACCCGCUUGCUGCCCUGGAUGGGCGAGGCUUUGGGCGCGUUCAUCGGCAUGAUGCUCGUACACCAAGCAAUGAGGACGGCACCAAUCCACUUUUGCGUCGAACAGAUGCCGCCCAGGAAGGUUCCAAUCGUGGCUUCAAUCCCAACCUGUUGCGCCUGGGUCUGCCUGGCAACUUGUUUGGGGCCGCCAACCUGGACAACCCCAUGGCCUUCAUCAAUGAGCUCGUAUCAUCGCUGCCACUCUCGUUCAACAGGAACGGGCACGCUCUGCAUUUCCAAAUCACGCAAGGACCGCGCGGCGAGGUUCGUGAGGUUCACCUACCUAUUGACCACCACGGCCGUGAAGCCCGCCCAGACAGGAGAGAGCAUUUCCAAGAACCCAGCCAAGCCAGCUCCUUCACCAUCGAGAACACAAUCCUCAGAUGGAUCGAUGAAGUGAAGAUGAUCUUCGGCCAGCAGCAUGCAGACAAGUCAGCUCGCCUAGUUCCCAUCAUUCUGUCGCAUCUGGUACCACCAGCCAUGAAGCAUGAGCGAGAGCAAGCAGAAAUCCGCCGCAAGCAGGAAGAGGAGCGGAAGCGGAUUGAGGAAGAGGAGCGAAAGGCCCGCGAAGCAAAAGAGGCGGAAGAAAGGGCGAUUCGCGAGAAGCAAGAGGCUGAGGAGCGUGAGCGUGCUGCGGCAGAAGCGGCAGAGCUCGCCGCGCAAGUCCAGUCGGAAUCUGGUUCUACGGAACAGCCAUCCGCCGCGUCAGACGUAGAGGCGAUGGAAGGCAUAGAGACCACGCAUGAUGACCCUGAUGCCAUCCAAGGCAGUGCCCAGCCAAGCCAACCACGUGUCUACACAACGAUUAGGGGAGAACAGGUCGAUAUCACAGAUCUUGGUAUCGAUGCUGAUUAUCUUGAGGCUCUACCUGAAGAAUUCCGAGAAGAAGUCAUUGCUCAGACCAUCAGCACCCGCCGCGCGCAAGCGCGAGAGGGCCCUGGUCCUGGAGAACAGACGGAAGUAUUCCAGGAGUUCCUCGAUGCACUCCCACGCGAGCUACGCAUGGAGAUUGUUCAACAGGAGCGUGCCGAGCAACGUCGGCGUGAGCACCAGGAAGCCCGAAGACAAGCCUCCACUGCCAAUCCUGGACAAUUGUCCGAGGCGCAGGACAUGGAUCCGGCCAGCAUUCUCAUGACUCUCCCCCCUGAUUUGCGAGAACAAGUUCUCAUCGAACAAGGAGCUGACCUCAUGGAUACGCUGCCACCCGAGAUGGCUGCGCAGGCGCGCCGGCUAGCUCGUCCCGAACCCGGUGCCCGCGAGACAGCCGCAUCUUCCAGCCGUCCACGCGAGACGACCUCUUCUGGGCAAACCGAGAGCGACAAGAAUCAGCGCAAGGCGGUUGUUCAGAUGCUUGACAAACCCGGCGUGGCCACCUUGUUGCGCCUCAUGUUCAUCAAUGUCAAGGGCGGGUCUUUGGAGAGCUCACUCAAGCAUGUCUUCAAGGACGUGUGUGAGAAUAGGUUCAACCGAUCCGAGGUCAUCAAUACACUGUUGCAGAUUCUGCAAGACGGGACCACCGACAUCGACGCUGUAGAACGAAGCUUUGUGCAUCUUUCAAUAAAGGCCAAGCAACCGAAAGAAAAGGACCCAAAGACACCACAAAGCAUAAAGCGUUCUGGCACAGGUCUCACGCCUUCUCAAGCUGUCCACCCGAGCUCGGAGACAUCGCCGCUGCUUAUUGUCCAGCAAUGCCUGGAUCUUCUUGGCUACCUUGCCGAAUAUAAUAUCCACGUCCCCUCCCUCUUCCUGACCGAGCAUGAAACGGCCACAUUACCCUUGAAGCGCACACUGAGUCGCAAGGGAAAGAACAAGGAUGCCAAGGCUCAUAAGUACGCUAUCAACUCUCUCCUCGCACUCCUCGACCGAGAUCUGGUGAUGGAGAGCUCUGCUAUCAUGGACAGCUUGUCGUCGCUGCUGAGCCGAGUCACUUUCCCACUACUAGCUCUCGAGCGCAAGAAGAAGGAGGCCAUCGCGGCUAUUCAGAAGUUGGAGGCUACGCCUGCUCCUGCAGCACAGUCAACUGCCAUGACAGGUGCUGUUCAGGAAGGAGGAAAUGCCGAAGAACGCAUAGGCGACUCCGAGCCUGCCAACGAACAGCCUCACGUCAGUACCUCUGGCUCUACUGACCAAGCUGCGGCGGCCGACAGCACGUCCACUGCUGAUGACAAUCCCACCCAGCUUGCCGAGAAGAAGCUGGCACUGCAGAAGAAGCUGAAGCACUUGCACCCCCCUGUCAUUCCUGUCCAGAACCUGACCCUCAUUAUCAACAUCUUCAUUGCCAGGGAAUGCAGUUCAAGGACGUUCAAGGAGACUCUGUCGACUAUCAAGAACUUGUCUGCCGUUCCAGGUGCCAUGCUGGUUUUUGGCGAAGAACUCGCCAAACAAGCACAGGUGCUAAGCGAAAAGAUUGUGAAGCAUCUCGACGAUCUGUUGCCGCACAUUGAGAAUGCCACUUCUGGCACUGAAAUUCAAGGCGUAGCCUUGGCCAAGUUUUCGCCUGGGGCUUCCGACCAGAACAAGCUGCUCCGUGUUCUCACGGCGCUUGAUCAUCUGUUUGCCCAAAAGAAGAGCGACGUCGACGCCAACGACGCCUCUGCCUCUGCCGAACAGGCACGGAAACAGGACCUCCUCUCCGAACUCUACCGUAAUCCCACCUUCAACGCACUCUGGGAAAAGCUCAGCGCUUGUCUCAGCGCCAUCCGGGAGAGAGAGAACCUUAUCAACGUCGCAACGAUCCUGUUGCCACUAAUCGAGUCCUUGAUGGUCGUCUGCAAGGACAAUGCGCAGACUGAGUUGCAAAGUGGUCAAGACAAGGAAAUGCUCCUUACUAGCCCUCCGCCGGAGUCGCACAUUGCGAGCCUGUUCUUCACGUUCACCGAGGAGCAUCGCCGAAUUCUCAACGAGCUUGUGCGGAACAAUCCUUCGCUGAUGAAGGGCACUUUCUCCAACCUGGUCAAGAACCCGAAGGUCCUGGAGUUCGACAACAAGCGUAGCUGGUUCACUCGCAGUGUCCACAACAAGGGUCAAGUGCCUGCUGGGCGAAUCUUCCCCACUCUCCAGCUCCAGGUUCGUCGUGACCAGGUCUUCCAGGAUUCCUUCAAGUCUCUCUACUUCAAGAGUGGCGAUGAAAUGAAGUUUGGCAAGCUCAACAUCCGUUUCCACGGCGAAGAGGGUGUGGACGCGGGCGGUGUUACUCGAGAGUGGUUCCAAGUCCUCUCGCGACAGAUGUUCGACCCCAACUACGCGCUCUUCGUUCCGGUCUCCAGCGAUCGCACAACCUUCCACCCCAACAAGCUCAGCGGUAUCAACGAUGAGCACUUGAUGUACUUCAAGUUCAUUGGGCGCGUGAUAGGCAAGGCUCUGUACGAGGGAAGAGUCCUUGAUUGCUACUUUAGCCGUGCUGUCUACAAGCGCAUUUUGGGCAAGCCGGUGUCUGUCAAGGAUAUGGAGUCAUUCGAUCCCGACUACUACAAGUCACUUGUUUGGAUGCUUGAGAACGACAUCACUGAUAUCAUCACUGAGACCUUCUCGGUCGAGACUGACGAGUUUGGCGUCACUCGUGUCGAAGACCUCCGCGAAAAUGGUCGCAAUAUUCCCGUCACGGAAGAGAACAAGCAGGAGUAUGUGCGUCUGGUGGUUGAGCACAAGCUACUCUCUUCUGUGCGUGAGCAAAUGGAGCAAUUCCUCAAAGGCUUCCAUGAAAUCAUUCCAGCGGACUUGAUCUCAAUCUUCAACGAGCAGGAACUGGAGCUCCUUAUCUCCGGGUUGCCUGACAUUGAUGUCGACGACUGGAAGGGUAACACCGAGUACCACAACUACACGCCAUCGUCACAGCAGAUCCAGUGGUUCUGGCGUGCACUGCGCUCUUUCGACAAGGAGGAGCUCGCCAAGCUGUUGCAAUUUGUGACGGGCACCAGUAAAGUGCCGCUGAACGGCUUCAAGGAGCUUGAAGGCAUGAAUGGCAUCAACCGUUUCAACAUCCACCGUGACUAUGGCAACAAGGAUCGCUUGCCCAGCUCGCACACGUGCUUCAACCAACUGGAUUUGCCCGAGUAUGACAGCUACGACAUGCUCCGCAGUCAACUACUCAAAGCCAUUACUGCUGGUAGCGAAUACUUCGGCUUCGCCUAGUCGAGGUCACCUUGGAACGGAGAUAGGUCCCGUUUCCCCCACAAUCGAGAGAGAAAGUGGCAGUCGGCCGGAUCCAUCCCACAACUACCUGGGCCGCUGGACUUAUUCUGAAGGCAAGUUUAUUCGAAGGAGUGCAGGCCAUCGAUAGACAUAAGACUCAGUCUAACGGGAUCAAUCAAUGAGAUUUUCUGGGGUGUGAGGGCAUGGCACAUGAUAGGACGGGGACAGCCCCGAAAUGUUUCCAAUAGUUUCGCGCAUCAUAUCUAUCUUGUUUCUCACAUGGUUACUCAACACGCCGGUUUUGAUUUGUUUCAUCGCACGGUGUUCUUCAAGGACGCUAUUUCAGCAUGUGGCGUGUAUGCUUUCGAGGAUUGCUGGCCAACGGUGCAUCAUGCGCGGGAUAGAUGCUGGUUUCAUAGAAAAAGAGAACAGGCAUGAUGGGGUGUU